AUGCAUAUUCAAUCGCACAAACACAUCAGCAGUAUCAUCACCCAAACGUGCUAUUACCAAGAUCCCACUCCCUCAAUACCUGGGCCUGGACUUAGACACAUUCAAGGUAGAACUCGACCGCCUGAUGGCAACUGUGGUGGUGCUGAUGUGCCGCCGCUGGCAAUACACGAGUCACAUGCAAUCGCUCACACUGCUCACGUACAACAAAAACUUAUUAGUAUGCAUGAACCAUACAUUGAAUACGACAUAUUCAAGAGGUUACGAGAGCGCAUCUUCGAAAAUUUUCAUUCAAUGUGCAGCAAAACAGGUUUGAUUCUGCUGAAUGACUCUGUGAUAGCAGGAACAGUGACAAUCAUUUACUGA